AUGAGCUCACGUCCCGAGACAUUACUUAAUUCAGACAGUGCCACCGUGCCAGGGGCUGGCGGGGAACGGCCACGGGCUGUGGUGGUGCGGCUGCCGGCGGGCUCCGGCACGGGCGGGUACGUGUACGUGCACCGAUCGAUCAAGCAGAGGAGCAUUAUCUCGCCGCAGCAGAUGGGGAAACUGAGGCACGGAGCGGUGACGCUGCCGCCCCGGGGCGCGGGGCGAAGCUGCGUGUCAGCGCUGGGGGUGGAGUGUGGCCGGGCCGUCGAGCAUGUGAGCGAGUGCAUCACCACCCGCUCGCUCAUUGAAAUCCAGCUCGGGGACUUGGCUCUUCUGCCCUUACAUGGGCAAUCGCUCCGAGGCCGGCAGAGCGAGCCAGGGGUCACGCUGGCCGGGAAGAGGGAUAGGGGAGAGAGGGGUCCCCAGGCACUGGUGUGGUCCCUGUGGUGGGGGUCUCGCUGUCCUUCGCGCGGUGGCCCCUCACCCUCUGCCCUCCCCGCAGGUGGGAUCUGCUGGCUGCAGCAGGGGAAGGAGGCCAAGUGCACCAUGAUCCUGAAGACAGGCGUGACGUGGGAGGAAUGCUGUGCCAACGGCAACGUGGACGUGGCUUGGUCGAACUACACCUACCCCGGCAACAAGAUCAGCCUGCUGGGCUUCCUGGGGCUGGUGACCUGCCACCCCUGCAAAGAGAGCUGCGAGGGGGUGGUGUGUGGCCCUGACAAGGUCUGCAAGAUGAAGCACGGGCGUCCCCAGUGCGCCUGCGCCCCCGACUGCUCCAGCCUGCCCCGCAAGCUGCAGGUCUGCGGCUCCGACGGCUACACCUACCGGGACGAGUGCGACCUGCUGACGGCCAAGUGCAGAGACCACCCCGACCUGGAAGUCAUGUACCAGGGAAAAUGCAAAAAGUCCUGCUCCAGCGUGGUGUGCCCUGGCACCCACACCUGCGUGGUGGACCAGACGGGCAGUGCCCACUGUGUGAUGUGCCGGACGGCCCCCUGCCCCGAGCCCACCAGCCUGGACCGUGCCCUCUGCGGCAACAACAACGUCACCUACCCCUCGGCGUGCCACCUCCGGCGGGCCACUUGCCACCGCGGCCGCUCCAUCGGCGUGCGCCACUACGGGAGCUGCUCAGCUGUGGCCAGAUUCUCCUCGGAGUCGGACAACGCGGAAGAGAACUACGUGUGAAUCCUCCCUCGCCGCGAGGCUGGACCCGGGAGAGACAGGGGCAUUAUGUGUAUAUUGUACAAACCAUAUACCUGAUAUUUAUUAAGAUAAAAAAGAUCCUUAUUUAUACCCGUGUAUGUUAUGCAGUCGCAGAGGGCCUGACUCUUGGCCCUGCCAGCUGGGGAGGGGGCUCCCAGCCCGCGUGGCCGGGGUGAUGCCGACCCCCCCGGGGAUGCUCCGGUGCCCGGCAGAGCUCUCUGUUCCUACAGCCCCACGGCGCGGAGGGGGCGUCCGUGCUGCUGCGCCUUGGGCCCCCCCACGUGUCCUUGGCCGACAGCCCUGGGCCUAUUUAUUUUUGGAUUGAAUUCUUGGUACUCUGCUGACGUUUCUGGCCGGGACCUCGAGAUCUAGAGGGAAUCUGCGCUUUCGCCUUCCCCGGAGGGGCUCAGCCCCAGCUGCCAGCGGCAGGAAAGGCAGCAGGGGCUGCAUCCCCGUGCAGAGAGAGAGAGAUUUUUAUAUACAUAUAUAUAAAAUAUAUAUAUAUGUAUGUUAUUUUCUUUUCUCCUAAAGCUUUAGCAUGUGUGUGUUAAAACAUUGUUUUUUAGAUUUUCCCGGGCGCAUUCACACCAGGCUCCCACCCCCCUCUGGAGGCGAUGCCGUGGCAGCCCAGCACCACCGUUCCCCAAGCCCCCCCAGCCCAUUGCUGCUGCUGGUGCCCUCACCCAGAGCCCCCCACCCGGGGCCAGCCUGCCCAGAGCCCUCCCCGCUGGGGAAGCUGCCAGGGGAGAGGGGGGUCCGCAGCCCCCCCAGGCCUUCCCAGGGCCAGUGCUGGGCGCAGCAGCGCCUGGUGCCCCGGGACGGUGCUCGGCUCCCAGCCCCACUGCAGAGCUGCUGUGGGGGGCACAGCAUGGUGGGGGGGGGACGGGAGGGGGCCCAUGGCCCUACCUGCUCCCCCCCGGGGAUCCCCAGCCCGGCUCCCUCUCGGCUGCGCAGCCCCUGCCCCCCUACACUCCCACCUCCUGCACCCCCUGCUCUGUCAACACCCUCUGUAUUUAUUUUUACUGCUUCUCUCAUUUUGUGUGUUGUCACCUGUGUAAAUACCAUCUCAUCUCUGACACCAAGAAGCUCUUGCCUUUAUAUAAAUAUCAUAUAUAUAAUAUAUAUAUAUAUAAAUACCCUAUUUUCUAUUUUUGUAUGAGUGCGUUCUGAUUCCCGAGGCAGACGCGAUGGGAACGUAUACAUUUCCUGUUGGUGUUGUUAGGGGCAUUUUACGGCUGUGUUACAAUUUGGAUUAUAAUUAAAAGAAGA